CUGUCAGAAGUGCAGACCAAAAUGUAAACGAAAAUCGAAGCGAAGCAAAAUUGUUGAUAUGCCAAACAUCGCAUCAUCUGGCGGAAAAACAGGCGGAAAAGCAGGCGGAAAAGCGGUCGCAGCGCCACGAAAAUAGACAACUCGAAGAAACCACGAGACCGAGCGGAGAAAGCGGGGAAGAAAAGCUUGCCACACGUUCCUCGGCGCCGCUCACAGACCAUCGUUCGGUGGAAAUUUUGGAAAACUUUUGAAAACGCCAGGAAAAGUCGUCGCGCAGUGUGUUAUGAAACCGCGGCCGCGUGCGUGAGUGCGAGUGUGAAAAUAGCUGGAGGUUCGAAGGGAACACCAAAACCGGUCGGAAAACCCAAUAUCGAGUACUUCAGGCGGCCAAGCAGCCUUUGUGUGCUUUAUAAAUCUUGCAUUAUUGGAAAACAAUCCCUAUCCCCAACAAAAGAUCAGACCCCAUUUCGUAUCUAUCGGAUAGUUAAAACGAUCCUAGCUGGCCGACUUCGAGUUUGUUCCCACACACUCGCACACACACCCGCUGGUUAAGUUGGCAAUGAGAAACUUACGCCGUUUAACAAACACUUUGCAGUACCGCCAAUUAACAAGCAGAUCCGAAACAACAGGCACCCCAAGACACCCAACUCACCCAACUGACGCGCGGCGACUGUCACAGAACCCGGGCGAAGUCGUAAUCGGCCGGGCCAGCACCGCCUUCCACCCCAGGAUCCGCCCCACCCGCAUCGGAGUCCCGAGCUGCCGGCGGAGCAAGAGCAGCUACGACCUUAAGCUAAGUUCCUCCUAUGCCAGUUUAGGCAGAAUGCAGGCCACGCCCAGCGAAGAUGCUCAGCCGCAGGACCCGCUCAAGUCCUUCGAGCGGGACUUUUGCGACCUGCCGCCCUACCAAUGCGACAUGAGUGACUCGGCCCCGAACACCCCAGGACCCAAUUCGGCCUCGGCCCUGCCCAAAAAGUAUUACCGCCAAGCGGCCCACAGAGUGUUUGUGAACAGAUCGCUGCAUUUGGAGAACAUCAAGUACUAUGGCUUCGACAUGGACUACACCUUGGCAGAGUACAAGUCGCCGCAGUACGAGCAACUGGGCUUCAACCUGGUCAAGGAGCGCCUGGUCUCCAUGGGCUAUCCCAAGGAGAUCCUGCAGUUCGAGUACGAUCCCACGUUCCCCGUCCGCGGCCUGUGGUUCGACACGCUCUACGGAAACCUACUGAAAGUGGACGCCUACGGCAACAUCCUGGUCUGCGUUCACGGCUUUGAGUUCAUCAAGCAUCACCAGGUGUACGAGUUGUAUCCCAACAAGUUCUUGAAGCUGGACGAGUCGCGUGUGUAUGUCCUCAACACCCUCUUCAACCUCCCGGAGACCUAUCUCCUGGCCUGCCUCGUUGACUUCUUUACCAACAGCAGCGAGUUUGUGCGCGUUGAGCGCGGCAUCAAAGCUGGCGAUUUCCUUUUCACCUACAAGUCGAUUUUCCAGGACGUGCGACGUGCCGUCGACUGGGUGCAUUCCGAUGGCGACCUCAAGCGCCGCACCACUCAGAACAUGGCCCACUAUGUGAAGAAGGACGAGCGUUUGCCCACGGUUCUGUCGCGCCUCCGCGAGUCGGGCGCCAAGCUCUUCAUGCUGACCAACAGCGACUACACGUACACCAACGAGAUCAUGACCUACCUGUUCGACUUCCCGCAUGGCGCCACUCCCGAGGAGCCGCACCGCGACUGGAAGACCUACUUCGAUGUGAUCGUGGUGGACGCCCGCAAGCCGCUCUUCUUCGACGAGGGCACCGUUCUGCGGCAGGUGGACACGAAGACCGGGGGCCUCAAGAUCGGCACCCACAUCGGACCGCUGCAGCCGGGCCAGGUUUACUCGGGCGGCUCCUGCGAGCUCUUCACAAAGUUCAUCAACGCCAAGGGCAAGGAUGUGCUCUACGUGGGCGACCACAUCUUCGGCGACAUUCUCAAGUCGAAGAAGAUCCGCGGGUGGCGCACCUUCCUGAUCGUGCCCGAGCUGGUCAGGGAGCUGCAUGUGUGGACGGAUGAGUGCCAGCUUUUCGCGGAGCUCCAGAACCUGGACAUCAAGCUGGGCGACCUGUACCGGGAUCUCGACUCGAGUGCCAAGGUCAAGCCGGACAUUUCGCAGCUGCGCACCUGCAUCCGGGACGUUACCCACAAGAUGGACAUGUCCUACGGCAUGAUGGGCUCGCUCUUCCGCUCCGGCUCGCGCCAGACCUUCUUCUCCAGCCAGGUGGUGCGGUAUGCCGACGUCUACGCGGCCACGCUGCUCAACCUCAUCUACUACCCCUUCUCGUACAUGUUCCGGGCUCCGGCCAUGCUCCUGCCGCACGAGUCCACGGUGGCCCACGAUCAGGCCCACCAGCCGCCACCGCCGCUGGCCCCAGCUGCCCCGGUCACGGGCACCUCCUCGGUGGCAGCAUCGCCGGAUGAGCCGGCUCGCAUUGUCGCAGGCACCGAGCAGGCCAAGGACUCCAAGGACUUGCACCGCGCCAGCUCCAUUGUGCACACUCGUCCCUCGACGCCCACCGUGGUGACCCACACCCAUGACGAGGACUACUCCGAGGAGGAGGAGACGCACAGUGGCGCCGAGUCUUCCACAGAGCAGCCGCUGCGCGACGCCUCCGAAGACUAGAAACCACGCCCCCAGCCGGAAUGUUUGGGUCAACGAAUUUUCUUCUCAAACUUAGCCGACGUCCCAAGAGGGCCUUCACCUUUUAACCCAACCCAUGCCCAAACCCUAGCUUAGGCUUGGGCCCAUCCCGAAAUCCACACCGUGGUCGAAGCAAUUGUGAAACAUACGAUUUUUCCUGGCGAUUUUACCCGAGCACAGAUAUGUGAAACUAUAUACCAUAUAUGAUAUAUACAUUAUACAAUAGCUGGUUCCGUACAUAUAAUGUGUCUUUUUUUUUAAUUAAACAAAUAAAUUUGCUGUAAUUGAAAGAAAACAA